AGCGCAUGGCCAUAGAGCGCCGGUGUGAGCUGUCAAACACGAAAUACUUAUGACGGCUUCGCUACAAAUGAGCAAAUACGAGGAUUUAGUAUUCCCCUAUUGCGAAGAUGAAACAAAAUAUGAAAAACUUGCGAAAAUUGGACAAGGUACAUUCGGUGAGGUUUUUAAAGCCAAGGACAAAAAGACGAAACGACUUGUGGCCAUGAAGAAAGUGCUGAUGGAAAACGAAAAAGAGGGAUUCCCGAUCACAGCUAUCCGAGAAAUCAAAAUCCUGCAACUUCUGAAGAAUGAGAAUGUCGUCAACCUAAUUGAGAUCUGCAGGACAAAAGUCAGUCAGUCUUUUAUCCCCUACAACAGAUUCAAGAGCACAUUCUACCUUGUAUUCGAGUUCUGUGAACACGACCUUGCUGGCUUGUUGAGCAAUGCCAAUGUCAAGUUCACCCUGGGGGAGGUCAAGAAGGUCAUGCAGCAGCUCCUCAACGGCCUCUACUUCAUCCACAGCAACAAGAUCCUCCACCGCGACAUGAAGGCAGCCAACAUCCUCAUCACUAAAACCGGCAUCUUGAAGCUGACCGACUUCGGACUUGCCAGAGCCUUCAGCGCCACAAAACCAGGCCAGCCAAACCGGUACACCAACAGGGUGGUGACACUGUGGUACCGGCCCCCGGAACUCCUGCUGGGGGAGAGGAACUAUGGGCCAGCUAUUGAUAUGUGGGGGGCGGGGUGCAUCAUGGCGGAGAUGUGGACUCGGAGUCCGAUCAUGCAGGGAAACACAGAGCAGCAUCAACUGUUGCUAAUUACUCAGCUAUGUGGCUCGAUCUCACCCGAAGUCUGGCCAGGCGUUGAGAAGCUGGAACUGUACGAUAAACUGGAGCUACCAAAAAGUCAGAAACGGAAGGUGAAGGAGAGGUUGAAGUCGUAUGUGAAGGAUCAAUAUGCCCUUGACCUUUUGGAUAAACUUUUGACCCUUGACCCGUCAAAGAGGAUUGACAGUGAUACUUCUCUGAAUCACGAUUUCUUCUGGAUGGAUCCGAUGCCAGCGGAUCUGAUGCCGAUGUUGUCGCGGCAUACAACGUCAAUGUUUGAGUAUCUGGCACCGCCGAGACGCAGGGUCCGAUUCGAUUCCACAACCGAUGCCGAAUAA